UUCACUUACCCCGACAAUACUCGGAAUUGUGUCACUUCUAGGAAACUGACUGCGCGCCAUUGCUGUACGAGCUCCGUUCACAGACACCUGCCUGUCCUACACCUGCCUGUCCUACACCUGCCUCGCACUAAGGUUUCGGGAAUGGCGACCUGUUCUGCGGAAACUGAGGGAAACAGCCAAACCCUGAUCGAUAGCCCAGGCAUUCCAUGGAACCAAUGGCCUAAAAAAAAGAAGAAAAUAGCAGGAAUCUACGUUAUCAAACAGGAUGGAUUGGUCAUCUACGUUGGGAGGUCCAAAGAUAUAGAACAACGCCUGAAGUCACACUGCUACGGGAAGGUGCAAGCCAUCGACGAACACAUUGCUGAUACCGCUCCCAAGUGGCUCAGCUACAACUAUGUGAUUGACCCCGACCAGAAGUGUAAUGAGCACUGUUAUAUAGACCACAUUACUCAGUUGCAAAGAGGUCAGAGGCCGGAGUUCAACAGAACUAGGGGAGAUGCGUGUACCCAUUGUCAGAGAAGAAAACCCGGUGACAAGGAUACAGAAUGUGCGAUUCUCUGAAACGAAAUCCAGAAUGUCACGAAUCAGUUAAAGAAGGAAGUUCAUCUGACUUGCCAAAAGCUGGCUGAAUAAUGUAUAUAUACAUCUGAGACUUGUGUUAAUCUUUGCCACGUUCAUUCACGAAGAUAUAUAAGAGAGUGAGUGAGUGAGUGUGUUAAUAUUUAUCGUCACAUCGGCAAUAUUAUAUAAAAGAGAAAUAAACAAGAUGACAUUGAAAA